AUGCGCGAUCGUAAAGUUGGCUGGGAGGUGAUCGCCAACGAGCCGAUAGCUCCAGGGCAAUGCGUGAUGCCAUUUCUCGGCAAAGUGGUGACCCAUCGCGAGCUGACGAAGAGCGAACUCCUACAACAAGACUACGCGCUCGAGAUGUGGUACACAAAGCUGCCCAAAUCGCUCGCCCACCUCGGCCUUUUGGCAAAGAAGAGUCGUCGCGGCGGCCCUGACGAAAUCGUUGGCCUCCAGCUGGACCCGACGUACAAGGGCAACAUCGGCCGUUUCCUCUCCCACUCGUGCCUGCCGAACCUGAUGCAAGUGCGCUUCCUCCGGAACAGCCUGCAGAUCGCCGACGCCGUGCACGUGUUCGUCUCCAUGUGCACGAUACCGACGGGCACGUUCUUGAAUUUCGACUACGGCUCGUCUUACGCUAAUGAGAAGCUGCACGAUAUAUGCGCGUGCUUCAUGCCAAACUGUGUGCGCCAUAAGAAGAAGAAGCCGAAGGCCAUCUACCAGGUGUGCCAGGACGUCGCCGCCUAUAUGCGACGACUCGACGAGAUGGCCGCCGGCGACGUGGAGGCGGUCAAGGACGAGUACCACUCCGACUCGGAU